GGGGUUAGUCGGAGAAUUGAAAAUUCCGUAAGCAUAGUGUCAAACUCGAAAGAAAAUCGUUUCGAUAAAAACACUGGAACGUUUAAGUGCUGUAAAGAGUAAAAUUUAAGUUAUUUUGGAAUGAAAUGCACAUAUACACUACAGUGUCUCCGUUUAACGCGUUACAAUAAAUAUUCUUUAAACUAUUCCAACAGCAAAACAUAACAUAAACGUUUUAAGUUUUAUAAAAAUGUGGAAACAGUGUGGCAUUUAUAGUGUGUUGUGCAUCGUAAUUACUGUUGUAUAUGGACACGAUUUCAGAAAUUUCGAUGAUACUGUUCUCUUUAAAAUUAAUUGGCCGGGUAAACCUAGUUCAGAUUUAUUAGAGUCAAGAGCAAAUGUAGAACCUUAUUUUAUAACAACUGCAAACAAGGAACGGUAUCAGUGUUUAAUUGUUGAUAAUACAGAACAGGAACAAGAUUAUAAUGAACCAUACAAUGGACAAAAUCCAAUAGAAAUUUUAUCACUAUUAUUCUUACAAAAUACUUGCUCUUACAGAGUUGAUUCAUAUUGGUCAUAUGAAUUGUGCCAUGGACGAUAUGUGCGUCAAUUUCAUGAGGAUAGAGAUGGAAAAAAGGUGAAAACACAAGAAUAUUAUUUGGGGACCUUUGAUAAAUUACAAGGAUCAAAACUUAUGGCAGAAUAUGCAGAAAGAGAAGCAAGUCCUACUAGAAAAGCAGAUAUACCAGUUAAAAAAGUUGAUGGUAUCAAGAUGCCAUAUGUUGAAAUUGAAAUGACUGAUGGUACCUCCUGUGACGUGACCAACAAAAAACGAAAAAUAAAAGUUUUAUAUGUUUGCUAUGAACAUGGUAAACAUGAGCUAUUUUCACUAGAAGAACCUUCUAGCUGUGAAUAUGAAGUUGUUGUCCUUUCCCCUUUGUUAUGUAGUCAUCCUGACUAUAGACCACAAGCCACAGGAGAAAAUGAGAUUAAUUGUCAUCCAGUUGAUAAUGCUCCAAUGAAACCAAAAUCUCUUGUUGCAAUGGAGAUAGAAAGUUUGAAACUUCGGUAUCAAAAAGUCACGGAUGACAAGCUGCAGAAAGUCUAUGCGAUCUUCCAUGUAGAUAAGGAGGGCCAGGAUGGUGAAGGGCAUUUUAGAGUUGAAAUACAUCGGGUCGGUGUUGACAAACAGAAUAAUAUCGAAGAUUCUAUAAAUUCGUUAGCAGAUCAAGGUAUUAGUCCAGCGGAAGUAAGUCCAGUAAAAACGUUCUUAAGUGGCAAAAGUUGUUUGCGUGGGGGCAAUGGAUGGUGGAAGUAUGAAUUUUGUUAUGGACGUUUUGUGGUGCAAUAUCAUAUUGAACGUGAUGGUAAAAAUACUAUAGUAAAUCUCGGUAAAUUCGAUAAGCAGAAACAUUUAGAAUGGAUCGCUGCACAUCCACAUAAAAAGCCAAAGUCACCGGAAUUACGAAAACAACUUUCACAUUUUUAUAGCGAUGGUACUAUUUGCGAUAAGACUGGAAAUCCGAGGCAAACGGAGGUGAAAUUGAAAUGUAUUGAAAGCCAUACGGCUAGUCCAUCAAGCGUUUCUUUAUUUUUGCUUGAACCAAAAACAUGUGAAUACGUUCUCGGAGUGGAAUCGCCAUUGAUCUGUGAUAUUUUAGAAUACGCCGAUGAAAAUGGACUUCUUAGUGAAAAAUUUGAAGUGAAUUUCGACAAAUUGAAAACAACCGCUUUCCACGAGUACGAUGAUUUGGACGAAAGGAUAGCAAACGGAGACGACUAGAAUGGCAUUAAAUUAACAGAUACUAGUUGGCAAAAUUUUAAUGAUACAAGUGACAG